UAACAGCAAGCAAUUAUCGUGUUGUGUCCUGGUAGUGUCUCUGAACCAGCGCUCUGAGAUGCAGAGCUGAAAAGUGGAAGGCAUGACUAACGUGACAUUGAAGGAUGGUCUGAAUGCGCGCCCAGCCGUGCCUCAGGCCUGCUUUGACGUGCUUGGUGUUGACUGACGCUGCUUUGAAAGGGAUGUCUUGAAUGUACAAUAUGAGCAAGAACAUGGAAGUUUCCAGAUUUAGCAUCUGCGUGACUACAUUCAAAAUUCCCUCGCAUCAUCUGAGCUUCGAAUACUCAUUGGCUGGAUAGUUUGCCAUGCGCAGUCGAGUACCUAUGUAUUUGUAUCAUCAUGGACUGAGCUACAACCAGGACUAGAAACCUUGAAAGCUGCAGCCUCUAGCUCUUUAAUGGUUCCUGCGAAUUGAAUUUGAGUAAACUGAAAGUUUCCUUUGAUGUUGUUGAUGGUAGUGGAGUCAACAUUGGAAACGUCAUUUUCGGAAGCAAAGAUUGUGACUGAUUGCGCUGCGAUGGCUGCUACUGUUUUGUUUGUGUGUUUGUAGAAUGACAGCUGGUGCAUGAAUCAUGGAAGAGCCAAUUGUGUCGGGUUUGGAUGCUGCUCUGCAUGAAUUGGGGAUGUUGAGUUCUGUCACGCAGAGUCGCCGCGAGUACCUGAAGGAACAACAAAUUCGCCAGUGCAAUGUGAAUAGACAAGCCCUGAACGUUUUGCACAUGAACACGAGCUUCGUAACAGUAGUUGACAUAGGUCGUCGUAAAACACCGUCCCGUCGAUUUAAACCCUAUACUCUGUGUAGUAUGCGUGAGGAAAGAAUGCGUACGAAGAGCGAAAAUUCGGAUGUCGAUGCAGACUGGUUUCCUAAGACAUCCCCAACACUAACUCCUGUUGUAUCUAAUACACCUGAUAGUAGUGGACUGUACAAGUCUCGUUCUUUAGAAGACGUAAAAGUGACUGUUUCAAACGAAACAGAUUACGAUAAUCCAACCCCAGAAGUUGAAUCUGUAUCUGAUCAGAUUCAGCAGCUUCAAGUUUGUGAAUGAAAGUACUAUAAGCUUCCUGAAUGAAGAUCAUUUCAUUUAUGAGAACUAUGUCUGUAAUUUUUCUGAAAAGUUGUCAAUAACAGUUGGGGAAACAAAAUUUAAUUUAACGACUGUUAUGCAAACAACAAUAUUUACAACUAUCAGAAAUGAAAGAUCUUGUGUUUUUGCAGCUGUUAAAUGCAACUUUUCAAUUCUCAUCCCGCUAGUUGUUUUGUAUGCUCUGUACUGUUAAGUUACAAACUUGUACGAAAAACUAAUACCUUAUUUGAUGGGAGAAUUUUGGAUAUUAUCUGUUGCAGAAUUUAACACCACAAAUAUCAACUUGUUUUAAUUUGUCUCAAAUAUGUCUUCUCCAACAAUCGGACAUGCACCACAAUAUUACUAAACCAUUAAAGUCAUGUUUUACUGCUUUAUAAUAUUGUAUUACUGAAGAUAAUUUGCUGUAAAAUCUAUGAGAAUGGACCCCUCAUUAAGUUGUCUGAGUUGUAAAGCUGUCAAGUGUAGUAUGAGUAUGUAAUGUACAAAUAAAUUAAGGAAUUUAGUUUUGGUUCAUCUUGAAUUUAGUAAAUUGUGGUUUGCAUUCCUUAAGGGAAAACAGAUUCAUAAUUUUUAUGCAGAAGGAUUGACAUAAUUUUCUUAGCUUUGAAGUUAUAUAUGCAAAAAUUUCAGAACACAUGUACGCAUGCUGAAUUUUGGUAAUGUUAACGCCGCUAUUCCAUAUUUCAAAUGAAGUAAUGCCACACUUUGUUAAUACUUAGCUCGAUUCCCUAAAACAUUAGAACUAGCUUCUGGGAGACUUAAUGAAUUGUGACUGAAUGACAUGAAAAACCAGAGCUUACCCAUAAUAAAACUGAAUCCUCAAUGCUAAAACCAAAUAAUUUUGUUUCUAAAUUUGGUUGUCAAGUAAUGAACACUGAAGAAUGUGAAAGUAAAUGUUGCAAUCAGUAUUAACAAAACAAUUAUGACAAUACUUUUACAGGACCCUUACUUUUCUGUAUUGAUCCAGACUGGAUUUCCUGACCUUCACUGACGCUUAACAACUUGCAUUACAUGUGUUCUGAUUUAAUAUGAGAAUAAUAUUAUUUAAUUUCUAAAGUUACAAUAAAAGUAGGUAAAAAGAUGCAUAAAUUCCAUUUUGAAAGAAGAAAAAGUUCUGAUUCUGUUGGAUAUGCACUUUUAUGUCUUUCAACUUGUAGUAUGAAUACAAGUGAGUAUAUAGCAUACAAGAGAAUACAUUUUAGGGUUUGAAAGGGAAUUAUUGUUGGGAGCAAUAUAUUUGCAAAUAAACCACAAAAACACAAAAGUUACGAGAGUUUUUUGUGCAUCAGUUUCCUGGUUUACAAAGAGUUGAAACUAUAGGUAAUAUAUCAAGUUUGUCAAAUUUGUAUUCAUUAAUUUAAACCAGAAGUUCCCACAGUUAUAUGGCACCCCCAGAAAAUUAAUAUUAGGUGAUCCAUUGGUAUUUAACUUUUAAAAGCAAACUGAAGAAUGUAAUUAGAUAUGAGUUUCUUUUUUGUUUAAAAUUCAAGAAAGAAAAAUUGGUGGAAAAAAUAUUGUGCUUGAAAUUAAAUUAUUCAUAAUAUUGAUCACACCAAAAUUCAAAUUACACCCAGAAAAUGUAUGACAGUGUCACAAUUAAAUUUGCAAAUGAAAUAAAAUAAUCUUAAUAAGGAUAAACACACUUGCAAAUAUCAAUCGAUGAAAGUUUAACAUGUCAAAUAUUCACAUAUAUCAGCAUUUUUAAUUUACCGUGAUUAAACUUAUUUCAUUCUUGGUUUCAUUUUAACAAUUUUUCUUUCUGCUUUAGAUCUAUUAAAUUUUGAAUUUUUAAUAAUGAAUGUAUAUUUUUGUUAUCCCCAGUUUUAUGUCCUGCAAGUUUUGCUCACUGCGUUGUUCCAGCAUCCAAUAGGGAGUGGUAUAGCCCAUUUGGGGAACAAAGAAGCUGGAAUUCAAAAGAUAGUGCCUGAUACAGGGAAGAAAUAUUCAAGAAAAGUGAUACUUAUUUGGAUGAAUCAGAAAUGUUUUAGAAGAAUGUGGGACCAGUUUCAUGAUUUGUACAAAUGACAUUACACUAUUACAAUUGUCAAAAGUUAGUGUUAAUGUCAUACUGAUUGUGAGAGAACAUUGACAUUCAAAUAAUAUUAUUUGGUCUUCAAAGACAUGAAACUUUUCUGAGAUAUGGACCUGGACACAUUCACAGUUCCUCGGCAAAAAAUAAAAUUUGCUGUGUUACAUUGUUAUUUUUGAUUAACUAUAUUUUCACUUAAUUGAUGUGCAAAGUUUCUUCUUUAUGAUUCUCUCUUUUCUUUCUUCCCAUCAUUUUGCUGCCUUUUGGCUGUUUUCAAUACACAAAACAUCUUGGAAAAAUUGUUGCAAAGCAUUUAAUUAUAAUGAAGAUACCUUUAUGUGACAGCUCAAUGUAACUUUUUGUGUUUGCAUUAUAAUGUUGAUGCCAUUAUAGUCUUUAUCCCUCCCUUUAUCUACACAAUUUAGAAAUGUGCCACAAGGAUAACUUGGCCCAAAAUGCCAGAAAUAUAUUAUUUUCAGUGUAAUAGGCUUUUAGGUAUUUAGGUGUAGAUUUAAUGUGCUUUAAGCAGAAACUUUUCUUUGAAUAUUCAAACUUGCAUUUGUUGCAGUGGUAUCAAUUAGACGUGGUAAAAUAACUUGUAUUAAUGUAUUACUGUAAUGUUGUAAGCUUCUUUAUCUCAGUUUUAAAAAAAUCAUACUAAUUUGCGGUUAUUGGCACACUAAGGUAUUAAAUAGGAAUUAAUUCUCCUGAUUUCUGUUUAACAAUAAUUUUAUUUAAAAUUUAUUUGUUUUCCAAUGUUUGUUGAAGUGUCUUAAUAGUGCUCGAAAGGGCGAGCAGAGGUGCUGUUAAUUAAAGUUGCCUUUGUAGGCUAAUAAUAGUUCAAUGCCCAGGAAAUUAUUCAAUUUUGUUUACUUCGUCUUUAACUUCAGUAAAAAAAGUGUUAUGAUACUACAUUACUAUUUGUUAAUAAAUUAAUGUGCUGGUGUUCCUUGUAGUAAUAUUAUUAACAAAGCAUAGUUUAUCUAUAACACUCAAUUUUAUAUUGUGUAAAAUAUGAACAAUGGAUUUUUAUCAUGUUUGUCAGACUUGAUUCCUGAACGUCAUGAUUAAUUGUUCAGUUAAUUUUUCUUCAAAGAGUUACUAAGAAAUAAUUGUUCUUGUGGCUUCUGGGAAUAAUUUGCUAAUAAAUGCAGUAUAAGUGCUUUUACUCCAAAACCUAUGGUGGAGGGACAACACACCUCACUUACAUUACCCCCAAAAUCUUACGGAAUUUUCACAAGUAUUUUGUAGACUUUUUUUCUGGGAGCAAAUUUGCCUGCCUCUGUGAUUCACUCUUGUGCUUGGAGUGUUACAUUUUUGUGAUUGCUGGCAGGAGCUUAAUUGGCAAAAGUUCAGAGAUUCAAUUUGCAAGUUGAGAAAACCUCUUUUCUAAACACUUGUGUAUUUUAGAAGUUCAAGAUUUUAACAAAUCUUGAACUUAAACUUUGCAAUUUCUUUUUGAAUAACUGUGUUUAAAAUGUUGAACUAAUAAUAACUUCUGGGAAAUGAACUUUUAUAAUUUUGGUUAUAAGGGUGUGCCUGCAACAUUGCAAUACUGGUAACUUUCGCCUCUUGAGUUUCUGUCUGCUUGACAAGUCACUUACUGUCACUAUUACAUUCAUUAGAAGCAUAUGGUAGUUGUGCCACAAUUGUAGCCUGGUGUAACUUAGCUUAUUUGUGUUUGAUGUUUUGGUGUUAUUACUAUGUUAUGUGGCAGCAAUCCAUAUCCAGACAAUUAUGUGGAAAUGUCUUCCCUUAUGUGCAAAAUUUUGAACUCUUGGAUGUGAUUACAUUGUAUUGGAUAAAACAUGUCUGUGUUUUGGUGUAAAACUGUUCUGUUAUCUGGUUGAUCAAUUCUGAUGGAUGAGGUAUAUUCAAAUCAAAUUUCAGAUUUUUCAUGUGCUGUAGAUUCUUUCAUCAAAAUUAUUGUGACAUUUUUGGCAUUCUUAUUAUUGCUUAAUUUGUGUCCAGUUACUUUUCUUUACUAUUACUAUAUACUAAGUAUUUAAUUGAUGGUACAUUGAACUGAAGACUGUAUGGCUCAUGCUUGUUGAUAUCAUGGGCUGUUUUGGUAGUUGUGACUUUGAAAAGCUUUACAUACUAUGAGGAAUAGUGUUUUCCAGAGAAAUUUUUUUAAGUAUAUUUGUAGUAAUUUACAUACAAAUUGAGAAGGUUGGUUAAAUGGUAAUAAAUCUAGAUCACCUUAGGUGUCUGCUUUCUCCUAAAGAGUUAAUACUUCCUGCUUAUUAUAAAUAAUGAGAAGUGUUCUCAUUUUUAUGACUCAUUUAUGGCUUUUAUAAUACUAGUCUUAACUACAAAGUCAAGUACAAGAGGGAAAAUUGACUUUAAAUUAUGGAAUUGUUCUAUGUAAUACCAGUGUUGUAAAUUCGUUAUAUAAUUUUAGUGUUAAAUUGUAAAAUGUUAGUGGUGCUUCAGGCAGAUUAAAAAAUGUAAACAAGAAACUGAUGUUGAACAUUCAGUAGGUAUUUUAAAUUUGAAAUUUUCAAAGAGCUAGUUUUGCAAUUUUGUUUAAAGAAAUACCAAUUUUGAUAAAUGAGAUUCUAGAAUGGUGUUGAAACAUUUACAAUUCUGGUAUAUUUUUUAAUUUCAAAAAUGUUUUAAAAAUGCAGUAGUUCAUAUUACAAAAUCAGCACAGAAAAUAUCAAAAUUUCCGAAAACUAGCUCUGUAAGAAAGUUGUUGCUGAUCAUCAACAUCAGUAAGGAUUGAAGUCAAUCUACUAAAAAUGCAGCUAUCUCUAAAGAACAUCUAAAGGAUUUUUGUAAAGAUUUCAGUGAUGUCCAUUUCAACUUCUUUGUGAUGGUUCGCUGACUGGCUCAGUUUGUUUACUUCAGUGUGAAAUAAGUGUCUAAGUUUUCCAUUCACAUUUCAAGUCUUUGUUGAGAAAUGUUUUUAUGGUAGAAAGUGAAUUAAUAUAUUUGUUAUCAGAAACAAAAUUUGCAUGGAAAUGUGAAAUAUUACCGUAUACCAUAUAGCAAUUAUAUAUGUACAGCUGUAAAGGUGUGAUUAUGAGAAAGGAGAAAGCUUAUCUACGUACCCUAAUAAACUGAUUGUAUAUUAUAAAUUUCAAACACACAAUUGUACUAUGGAUUUUUAGGCAUUAUAAUAUGUUACAGUAAGUAGUAUGGUCAUAAUCUGUUGAAAUUCGUGAAUUCUAUAGAACUGAACUGCUUAUUAUUGCAAAAUCUGGCAGUUAAUAUAUUUUAUUAAUAUCAUGUAGCAGUUUGUUUACUCAAUUAGUCCAAGACUUUGGAGAUCAGAAGAAUGAUCAUGGUGUGUUACUAGAAAAAUUGUACAAUUCCAGUGUUGUCUUCAAUUGUCAUAUAAGAAAAAUAAAUAAAUCCUUCAAUAAACCCUUGUCAAUAGAAAUUGGUUUCUUAGUAUUUCGUUACAAAUUUAUUUUUUUUAAUCAAUAUCCUUCAAAAUACAAGUGACCCAUUGAACAGAUACAAACAUUCUGAAUUGAACAAAUUUUAAUGAAAAAUGUACAUUGGAUUUACAAGGACCAGUUUUGUUUAUUUUUUGAUAUCCAUGAAGUGUAAUGUCCUGCUCCUAGGAAAAAAUUAUGUCAAUUUCCAAGGCAAAGGCAUAUUUCAAUGUAGUGUUUGUGUUUGAGGUGACUGGUGUUAUGAAUUGUACAAUUGUCAAAAAUGUUUUUAACAAAUAUAGGGUUUGGCUUU